AUGUCGAUGAUGUGGCCGAACUUCUCAAGAACCGUUGGGUCUCUGAUCCUGAUCUUCGGUGCUAGCCCAUUCGCUUUGGCAUCCUUGAGCGGUCCUGCGGGCCAGGAGUGCCAAGGACACCACUGCCCAGUCACAGCACCUUCGCUGCUGGCUGUAAAGGCCGAACUCGGACACGUUCCCUUCGAUUUGACUGAGGGAAACAAUGCAAGCAACAACACCAAUGCAUCCAUCGAGGAGAGCAUCCUCAAGAAUUUGGAGCACGACUUCGAGGAGGCCACGAACAUGCCAGACCUGGACAACACCACCAACGCCUCGGGUCGCCACGGUUUCGGCCAGCUGGGCGCGAACCUCGAGUUUCUGAUGCUGAAGGUGGCCCAGUUGGAGACGAUCGUCGAGCUGCAGCAGGUUGAGCUCCACAGCUUGAGUGAGUGGAAGCGCAGCCAAACUGCUCAAACAGCCCAGGCCAAGGAAACGGAAGUGGUUGGCACCCAAAAGGCCACAGAGGUCUUGAAGAAGGUCCUCCACAAGCACAGCCAGCAGAGGGAGAAGCGUGAGUUCCAUCGGGAGAAGCCGCAGGGGCCCCAGAAGGAGGCAAGCCGGCGCGCGGAGGCCAAAGAGGCCCAGGCCCGGCUUUUGCAGCGGGCGAAGGCGUCCCAGAGGGGCAACGCGACCGCUGGAGACCUGGACGCGGCGGUGUCGUCCAAGAUUCCCUUCGUUGACGACGCCAUUGAUUUCGGGAGUGGUGUUUAUACGUCCGGAACCGGCUUGAUCGGAGAUGCCUUGGGCGACGCCUAUGAGUCUGCAACGGACCAGGUUGCCUUCGUCGCCAACACCGUCAUCGAUAGCGUGGAGAUGGCUGUGGAUAUUCUCGUCCGCGGCUUCAGCGAUUGGACUGCCGGCUGCGACGAGAACCGGUUUCCCUCGAUGUCGGUUGACUCCCAUGGCCUUGACGUUGACUGGGGCCGGCAGAAGUGUUGGGUGAGGCUCAUGGGCCAGAAGUUGACCCUCUUCGAUUUCAACUUCGGCACGACGGACCUUGAUUGGCCAGAGCCAUUGAAAACGGUGGUUGACAUGGGCCUUCAGCCCGUCAAGACCAUGAUCAGCAUGGGCAAAGAGAUGAUCUCCUGUACAAGCUUCGAUGAUCCGAAAGAGCUGAUCAAGUGCUUCGGCUUCAAACUCAUCGAGAUGGUCCCUCCUUUGAGCACGCUGAAUCACCUGAGCAACAUGCUCACCGAUUUUAUUGAGGUCUUUGCCCAGAUUGCCGCAACCGUCGUCAAGCAGGUCUUGGACGACAGCCAGUCUUUGAUACAACGGGCCUCGCAGUCCAAGUUUCCCGCGGCUGGGGAUGCGCCUGUGAUCCACCACUCCGGCAAGAACCUCAUGAUCAAGACCCAUUCGCAGCAUCCGAAGAAGCGGACUAGGUCGAAGCUGCCGCGCCACGAGAUGUCUGCAGUGCAGGUGCAGGCCAAAGGUGAUGGCGAUGAUGGCGGCAUGGCAGGUGUCAUCAACUUUGCGGUACACGACCAGGAGGGCAACUAUGCCACGAAGCUGAUCACCCAGUUCAAUGGCAAGGAGACGGACACCAGCUCGUGCCUGGCCUUCGCACCAAAAAGUAAGCACGGAAGUAAUAACCAGGCGACGAAGGCGGAUUGGCAGGUCGACAACGAGGGCGAUUUCAUCCAGCUAGAGCCAUGGGCAGUGCCCUGUGACAAUUCGUGGAUGAAGGAUCACUGGAACAAGUGGCAAGGAUAUUCCUUUUACAGCUGGGAGAUGUCCAUUGAGAAGUGCGUGACGGUCAGCUUCUCACUGUCCGCGCAACCGGUGCUCGCUUUCGUCGGCGGGCUGGAGUUCGACCUGAUGCCGGCGCCUUUGGCCUCCCUGGACACCACCGUUUGCUGGCCCGACAAGCAGCCUGGUGGCGUGGACUUGAGUGUACUGCGCACGGAGAUUCGCUCCGGGGGAAUCCUCCUCUUCAGCAGGACCCUGCGAUUGACCAAGCGCUUCGGCAGCGGCACAGACUUCACGAACUCGAACACGUUCGGUGCCCACGAGACCUGGCGCAACCCCAUCGGCAUCGCCACCGGCCAGCAUUCGGUUGAGGACGAUCGGACCCUGGAGCCUAUGGACAGGAGCCUACUGCAGUCCAACCGCACUGAGAAGGCCAACUCCUCCGAGGCAACCCAGAGCUCGCUGGUUUGGGAGACGGACAUUGAGGAACUCCACCUGGCGUCCAUUAACUAUGGCCAGGACCUGCAUAUCAAGAAGACUUCAGAGCACCGUGGCCGGGAAGCCUUCAGCACUUUGCAGCAGAAGGCCGCCCAAUCUGACUUCUUCCAGCUUUUCAGCUUCAAGAACCCUGGAACAGUGAGCUUUGAAAUUCAGGGCCUUCUGGAGAACAACAAGCUGGAGCUUGGAAUGAAGGUGAAUAUGGGGCCCUUCUCUUCGCCAGAGAGGAGGAUCCACCUGCUGGACAUCGUGGACCAAUUUUCCCUGGUCCUCACGGCCAUGCCGUUCGUGUCGGCAGAAACCAAGGCGAAAGCCAUCCUGGCCCUCCGAGGCUUCACGGAUAACGACGUGGGGCAGGUGGCGGCGGCGGUACUACCUCCCACAUUCCGCCCUGGCAGCACCAUCGCCUUGUACAGUCACAAGUGGAGGCGAUAUCUCGGCAUGAACGACGAGCCGGAUAUGGAAGGCAGCCUCAACAAGGAGUUUGAGGACGAGUUUCCCUCAGACUGGACAUGGGAGCGCUUUACGGUGGUGGAUGGUGGACAGGGGAAGAUCGCCCUGCACAGCAGCGCGCACAAUCGCUUUGUGCAGAUGGGUGAAAAUGGCGAUAUGACGGCCACCUCCGUCAUGGCCGCCAGCGAGCUACCAAGCACGUGGCAGUCCAUCCGCUUCACCGUGGUCUACGUUGGAGAUGGCGAGAUCGGGCUCCACAACUACUUGCGCAACCGCUAUAUCCGCUUGAGGCCCAACCGCGGCUGCGAUGCCAGCCCCGAACGGAGCGCCGAUGGUCUUCCCGAGAGCUGGGUCUCGGAGCGUUUCAGGUUGAGGGAGUUGCAACCCUACUUGAAGCCAGGCACCAUCGUUGCCCUCCACAACGCCAAGUGGAACCGCUUCCUGCGAAUGAACGAUGCUGACAUGGACCGCAGCGGCGAGAGGGACGCCCAUGACCUUCCUGCCGACUGGGAAUGGGAGCGCUUCCUAGUCGUGGAUGCCUGGAACGGUCAGGUGGCGCUUCAGAGUGUGAAGUGGAAGCGCUUCGUGAAUAUGGAUGGCAGUGACGUGGGGACCAGCGCGAGGAGGGACUUAGGCACUCUGCUUCGCCACCAUGCCCCUUUUUCCGGCUUUGCCGUGGUGUAUGCGGGGAACGGGGAAAUCGCUCUGCACCACACACGGGAGAACCGCUUUAUCCGCAUGAACUCGGGUGGCGUCGAUGCAACCGGCAGCAAGCAGGCCCAGGACUUGCCCAGCAGCUGGACGCAGGAACGGUUUCGGGUGGUAGUGCUCUACGACCCUGACACGUCUUCGGAAAGUUCCGGAGAUUCCAGCUGGUCCUUCCAAACGCGGUAG